AUGAACCAAACCAUGCAUUCCGUUUCCGAUACUGACCUAAACUCAAACUCAGCAACACCAUCAGAACAACCCAUUGAUACAAUAAUGUCUGAAACACCACAACCCCAAAACGACGUCGUAUCAAUGUCCCCUCAAAACGACAACCCUCACAACUCCUCCGAAGACCAAAACCCCACUCUUUUAUACCCAAACCCUACCCAACCUCGAAAACGACGUCGUCGUAAGAAAUUCUUCACUGAACUAACCGCAACAACCUCAUUAGCCAAAAACCGCAAAAACGGCGUCGCUAAAGACUGUGACGACGAAGCCCUAAUUGCUAUUUCCGUAGGGUUUCCUGUUGAUUCCUUAACGGAGGAAGAAAUUGAAGCGAAUGUCGUUAAAACAAUUGGUGGUUCUGAGCAAUCGAAUUACAUUAUUGUUCGGAAUCACAUUCUGGCUAGGUGGAGAUCCGAUGUUAAUGUUUGGUUGACUUAUGAUCUUGCUGUAAAGUCAAUUCGAUCUGAACAUAAGGGUUUGGUUGAAACGGCUUAUAGGUUUUUGAUUGAGCAUGGGUAUAUUAAUUUCGGACUUUCUCCGGAGAUUAAAGCAGUGAAGGUUCGGUCUUUUGAUGGAAUUGAGAGGGGGAGUGUGAUUAUCAUUGGUGCUGGGUUGGCGGGUUUGGUUGCGGCGAGACAGUUGGUGUUUUUAGGGUUUAAAGUUUGUAUUUUGGAAGGUAGGACUCGACCGGGUGGGAGGGUGAAGACGAAGAAGGUGUUUGGUGGGGAUGGUGUUGAAGCUGCAGCUGAUUUGGGUGGAAGUGUUCUUACUGGUGUUAAUGGGAACCCCCUUGGUGUUCUUGCUAGACAAUUAGAUUUGCCGCUUCAUAAGGUUAGGGAUGUUUGUCCUCUUUAUAUGCCUGAUGGAAAAUGUGUUGACUCUGAGGUGGAUUCCAGGGUUGAGGUGUUGUUUAAUAAACUGUUAGAGAGGGUUUGUAAGCUUAGGCAAGCUAUGAUUGAAGAGGUUAAGAGUGUUGAUGUUCCUUUAGGGACUGCAUUAGAGGCGUUUCGAAGGGUUUAUAAGGUUUCUGAGGAUAAGGAAGAGAGGAUGUUGUUGAAUUGGCAUCUUGCUAAUUUGGAGUAUGCAAAUGCCACUCUUAUGUCUAAUUUGUCUAUGGCUUAUUGGGAUCAGGAUGAUCCUUAUGAAAUGGGUGGCGAUCACUGCUUCAUUCCUGGAGGGAACGAGACAUUUGUUCGCGCGUUGGCUGAGGAUCUUCCGAUUUUCUAUGGAAGGACUGUGGAGUGUAUUAAGUAUGGAAGUGAUGGAGUAUUGGUGUGUACUGAUGAACAGCAGUUUCGUGGGGAUAUGGUGCUUUGUACUGUGCCUUUGGGUGUUCUUAAGAAGGGGUCGAUUGCGUUUGUCCCUGAUCUUCCUCAGAGGAAGAAAGAUGCAAUUCAUAGGUUAGGGUUUGGUUUGCUUAAUAAGGUUGUGAUGCUGUUUCCGACUAAUUUCUGGGGUGGGAACAUUGAUACAUUUGGUCACUUGACAGAGGACUUGAGUAUGAGGGGUGAAUUUUUUCUGUUCUAUAGCUACUCUUCAGUGUCCGGAGGCCCGCUUCUCGUGGCUCUUGUUGCCGGGGAAGCAGCUAUUAGGUUUGAGAUGAUGUCGCCGUUGGAGUCUGUCAAAAGGGUGUUGGAUGUUUUGAAAGAUAUUUUUCAUCCAAAGGGGAUUGUUGUUCCCGAUCCCGUUCAGGCAGUCUGUACUCGGUGGGGACAAGAUACCUUUGCGUACGGAUCUUAUUCCUAUGUUGCUGUUGGAUCUUCAGGCGAUGAUUAUGAUAUACUUGCAGAGAGUGUUGGAAAUGGGAGGGUGUUCUUUGCUGGAGAAGCAACUAGCAAACAGUACCCUGCAACAAUGCAUGGAGCAUUUCUUAGUGGAAUGAGAGAAGCUGCAAACAUUUUGAGAGUGGCAAAGAGGAACAGUAAUUCUUCAAUGCCCUUUGACGCAGCUAAAAAUAUCGCCGCUGAUGUGAAUGACGAUUUGAACAAACUAUUUGUGAAACCUGACCUGAGUUUCGGGAGCUUCUCCGCGGUGUUUAAUCCAAAACCAAAUGAUCUUGAAACUAGAUCAAUACUAAGGGUUAAAAUUGGAGGAACUGUAUUGGAUUCUCCCAGUCUUUAUCUUUAUGCAUUGCUUUCAGUGAAGCAGGUCAUCGAGUUGAGUCAGGUCGAAGGAGAUGAGAACAGGAUGAGAAUGUUAAAUCGAGAUUUAGGGGUCAGUUUAGUUGGGAAGAAAGGUUUAGGUAGCACUGCUGAGUCUCUUAUUGUAGACAUAAAGUUGUUUAGAUCUCAGCUUUAUGAAGCAGAAAAUGGUCUUAGUAAUAGUAUCAUGGAAGAAUGA